GCGUUGUGAAACAAGCAUCAUAUGAUAUAUGAGUAUUGUGAAUGUUUACAUAAAUAUGUAUGCAUGUCAGUGUUGUUAUUAAUAAUUCCAAGCGACGUUUAUUUGUUAUAUUAACAAUUUUUUAGUAAAAAAACAAAAAAAGUGUUUCAAAAUAUUCACAAUGGAAGGUGAAACAACUAUUAUCGUGAAAUGGAAUGGAAAUGAAUAUAAUAUUAAAGAUCUCCAAGGUGAUUCCACAAUUCUUGAGUUAAAAGCUAAGAUAUACGAAGAAACAGGAGUCAAACCUGAUCGACAAAAAUUAUUAAAUUUAAAAUGCAAGGGUCAAGAUGCAGAACAAACUAUAAGUAUGCUAAAAAUCAAACCUGGCUUCAAAUUGAUGAUGAUGGGCUCUAGAGAGGAAGAUAUUGCCGAAGCGAAUCGAAUUCCUAAAGAUGUAUCAGAAGUAAUAAAUGACCUUGAUGUUGAUCAAGAUAUUGAAGAUAUAGAAGUAGAAAAUGCUGAAAUUUAUUUGGCUAAGAUACAAAAGAGAAUUGAAACAUAUAAAAUCGAAGUAUUUAAUCCUCCAAGGGAAGGUAAAAAACUCUUAGUUCUCGAUAUUGAUUACACAUUGUUCGAUCAUAGGUCUGUGGCGUCUAGUGGCAUAGAACUAAUGCGACCAUAUCUUCACGAAUUUCUCACAAGAGCUUAUCAACAUUAUGAUAUUGUUAUUUGGUCAGCCACUAGUAUGAAAUGGAUCAAUGAAAAAAUGAAACUUUUAGCAGUAACAGAUAAUCCAAAUUACAAAAUAGCCUUUCAUCUGGAUUGCCUUGCAAUGAUUAAUGUAGUCACUUCAAAGUAUGGUCUCGUCGAAGUUAAACCACUUGGAGUUAUUUGGGGAAAGUAUCAACAAUAUUCGGCGAAAAAUACAAUUAUGUUUGACGAUAUUAGGAGAAAUUUCAUAAUGAAUCCUGGCUCUGGACUGAAAAUAAAACCUUUUAAGCAAGCUCACUUAAACCGAGAUAAAGAUAAGGAGCUACUGAAACUUGCUGAUUAUUUAGAAGCUAUCGCUGAUGUCGAGGACUUUCAGACACUCAAUCACCGCAAGUGGAAAGAAUAUAAAAGUAAAAGAUCACACCGCAAACGCCCACACUAAAGACAAUUAUCAAAAUACUUAGUUUAUAAAUUAACACUAUCAUGAGAUUGAAAUUAACAGACAUCUGAAAAUUUUUAGGAUUUUUCUAACAAAUAAAUUGAUACUAAAAAAAUAUUUAAAGAACUUAUAGUUUUUUUUUAAAUUCCUACUUACUGUCCUAAUAAAUGUCAGAUGCCUGCCAAUUUCAGUAUCAUGCAUCAUUUAUUUUUUCCUAUCAUUUUUGUAAACAUAUUAUCUUAAGUUAACUUUAUUUUCAACUUAUGUACUGAAAUACAUGUUUAUUAAUGAUAUAAAAAUUUUUAUCAGGAUUU